AUGGAGGUGGGGCACGUGUCAAGGAGCUUCAUCCUCAAGUCCGCGUAGCAAGAGGAGGCUCUUCAUUGCAUCCGGUACACUCUCAGGAGGUAGCGACUCAUCUCCUAGUGGAUCGUCCUCUUUCUGAUGAUGGCUUGUUCGUCGAUCAAUUGGAGAUGCUUUACUCAAUGAAUUUGCGAUCCUUUUAUCAUGAAUCGCUCAACAAUUUUAAUAACAAUGCUCCGCGAAUUGUGUUGACGAGGUUUUUGUCGAUGAUCUAGCAAUUCUAGUAGCUUAAUCCUUCACCGACGUUGUGCAGAAAAGUCGCGAUAAUCAGAUAAAAAAUAUGAGUUUUGGCUCAUGGAAGAUUCGAACCUGCACUAGUUGCCCGCCCGUUCUAUGGAAGGUGUGAUGUGAGUUUAGUUCAACAUCGCUUGUGCGCCAAAGUUUCUGGUGAAUAUAUAGUAAUAUUAUAUUUGCAAUCAAGUCCCUUUCUUGCGCGUGUACGACCACUCUUUGCCCCAUAGCCAGCUGGCCACUGGUGACGUGGAAGGGGAGUGGCGCACACGUGCCUCCAUCAGUUCAAGUCGCUCGAGCGCCUACUCGCAGCUCCUCCUAACUGCUCACGAGCGAGCGAGAGCAAGGGAGCUGACGUGACUUAGUCGUUGUAUAUUAAAUCACGCAAAUAUAAAAUUUAUAAAACUAGAAAAUACGAAUUUUUUGAUAUUUAGAAGUAUUUCUGAACAAAUAUAUCAAUUAUAAUUCAAUAAAACUUUUCAAAAAUAGCAGUAAUUUUCCAGGUCGAUCACAGGGAUGUAAUAUAAUAUCUAGUAAUUAUUCAGAAUUUUCCUCAAAGAAUACUAUUUUCUAUGAAUUUUAUACUAAGAAAUGAAAAGGAAAUAUAUUUAAAAUUCACGAAAAAAGAAAAUAAGGGUGCGGGCGUCAAGAUGACGUCAGCGCCCAGCGAACGCUAAUCAGGCGGAAACAUAGUUCCGUCUGGCGAUUCUUACGUAAGUGAUUACAGACAAUUUAAUUGAUCAAAUUAAGAUCUAUAAAAGACGGAAGAAUCGUAAUGAAAUGAAGUAUAUGUUUGUAAAUUUAAAAUCAACAAAUUAUCACUAAAUGAAAUGAAAAUUAAGUUGAAAGCAGGAAAAUAGAGUUCCGACGUCGUGACGGCAUGCGUCGGCGAUGCACCGGAAUCUUGAGCGUUCAAGAGGAUCGUCGUGCAGUGUCCACGGCCUCAAAGGCUCUCCUUGGACAAAGAUGACAUGGGCAAUCUCUAGAUCUUCUCGCGAAGUCUAGAGAUUAAUGAAAUGGGUCGUCGAGUCGUCUCUGGCGGCUGUCACCCGGCGGAGCGGAAAAACAACGACUUUGCGGCUCUCCGGCAGUUGUCACCUAAUGGAGAGGAGCUGGAUGGAGGUGGGGCACGUGUCAGGGAGCUUCAUCCUCAGGUCCACGCAACAAGAGGAGGCUCUUCAUCGCAUCUAGUAUGCUCUCAGGAGGUGGCGACUCGUCUCCCAGCGGAUUGUCCUCUUCCUUACGACAGCUUGUUCGUCGAUCAAUCGGAGAUGA